CGCCACCGAUUUCUCCAGACCAGAUGGUGGCAGUACGUAAUGCUGCUUUGCGUUAUCAAGCAAUACAACAAACCCGGAGGAAGGACGCGGGCAAUUCACUAGUGCACUAUUUGUUUGGGUGGCGCAUGUCACAGUCAGCGCAGCCCGGCGCGAUGCCUUCAGCCCCGGAUUCCCCGUCUCUGAGCGUGACAGUCAGCGGGAAUGUGCAGAAAUACAGCAUCAAGAAGAAAAAGGUCUUAAAUGCGGAGGAGACCGAGCUGUUCGAGCUUACUCAAGCUGCUGGGAUAGUCAUUGACCAAGAGGUUUUCAAGAUCAUACUGGACCUGUUAAAGAUGAACGUUGCUCCUCUAGCAGUCUUUCAGACCCUAAAGGCCAUGUGUGCAGGCCAGAAGGUUUCUGAAACAUCCACCGGUGACGCAUCCACAGCAUCCCACACCACCACUGUACCUUCAGAGCCUAGAGAGGAGAGUGUGGUCUCAGGAAAGAGCGCUAAAACUACAGCCCCUCCUUCUGCAUCUGUGUCCCGCCCACCUAGGGGAGGGGCUAAGAUAGUGGUCUACAGUGCGGGUGACACGAGCGCUCCUAUCUCUCAAGUACGCAGUAAAACAAGUUCAGGGCAAGGGGAGAAAUCAGCAAGAGAUGGUUCUAGCCAGCGAGUGCCACGACAGGUCAGCGCCACCAGGGGGCAGAAGAGCGCCAAGAGCUCAGGCAGCAGCAGUUCGUCUUCCCAGCUCACCUCCAACUGAAGUUCUUCAUGCAUUAACCAACACUCACCAAACUUGCUCAAAUUAAACUCAUGUUCUGUUAAAGAAGGUUCCUGUAGAGUUUGCAGAAACUUUUUCACUGCAAACAAAAAUAGUCAUUUUAGGGAUCUCCUUUGGGAAAUUUUCAGUGUUUUAGCGAAGACCUCUUUGCAUAAAAUUUGCAUCUCGCCCAGAGAGACUAUAGCUGGAGUACGCCAUAUUUUCCACGGUUUAGUUUACACUUUCACACCAAAAUCAUUUGAGAAAAACACAGAUAAUCAUUUGCUAUCUUUAAACCAUCCACUUCUAAAACCUUGCAGAUUCAGGCUGCUGUGAACCACGUCUUUUUUAAACUGUUCUUGUGAAAGACACUCAAAAUUGUCUUGGAAGACUUUGAUGUCUAAAUAGACAUUAUUUUCUAUUAUUUGUGCUCUUUUUGUACAUUAUUUCUUUUAUCCUUUUUUUUAAGUAUUGAGUAAAGAUAUUCCUUUUUAAAAGCAAUUAUUGUAUUUUGCACUUUAAUUCUUUACAUGAUGAAGCACAGUUUGUGUAAUAUACAUUUGUGUGCAUAA